AUGGAUCCAGCCGUUAGCUGUUGUUCAGAGAGUGUGAUUGGUCCACUGCAGGUCUUUUACCCUCUCUGUAAAAAGAGGCUUCUGGCGGAGAAAUUGAUUUUUCUGUGUAUUGGAGGUGUAAUGACAGACGGAUAUUGUUUGUUUCUUUCCCUCCGUAUAAUUUUUUCUUUCUUUCUUUCUUUCUUUCUUUCUUUCUUUCUUUCUUUCUUAUUUGUUUCUUUCUUUCUUCACGUCCAUUCUUUAUUUAUUGAUUUCUUUCUUCAUUCUUUCUUUCUUCAUUUAUUUUGUCACAUACAUUCUUUCUUGCUUUUUUCGCGUACCUUUUCUUUCUUUCUUUCUUUCUUUCUUUCUUUCUUUCUUUCUUUCUUUCUUUCUUCACGAACAUUGUUUGUUUCAUCCCCUCCGUAUAAUUUUCUUUCUUUUUUUCUUUCUUCACAUAAUUUACUUAUUUCUUCACGUCUAUUUUUCCUUCUUACUUCACGUACUUUUUUCUUUCUUCACGUACUUUUUUCUUUCUUCACGUACUUUCUUUCUUCAUGCAUUUCUUUCUUUCUUUCUUCAUGCACAUUCUUUUUACUUUUUUCAUGUACAUUCUUUCUUCCUUUUUUUCGCCUACAUUUUCUUUCUUUCUUUCUUUCUUUCUUUCUUUCUUUCUUUCUUCACGGACAUUGUUUGUUUCUUUAUCUCCGUAUAAUUUUCUUUCUUUCUUUCUUUCUUUGCGUAAUUUCUUUCUUUUUUCACGUAAUUUCUUUCUUUCUUCACGUCUAUUUUUCUUUCUUUCUUCACGUCUUUUCUUUCUUUCUUCACGCACGGAUAUUUUGCAGAAAAAGCGAAUGUGAACCUGACAACCGCCAGCAGACAAUGAUUGGCAGUUUCACGCAUUCAGCGAACAUCAGAUCUAUGGUUGCUUAUGAUGUAAAAGUUACAGUGUUGAUUUCUGACUCCACAUCUAUCUAUCUAUCUAUCUAUCUAUCUAUCUAUCUAUCUAUCUGCCACUGUCUGUUCAUAUCUAUCUAUCUAUCUAUCUAUCUAUCUAUCUAUCUAUCUAUCUAUCUAUCUAUCUAUCUGCCACUGCCUGUUCAUAUCUAUCUAUCUAUCUAUCUAUCUAUCUAUCUAUCUAUCUAUCUAAUUAAUAUACUUUGA